AUGGUGGUGUUGGGCUAUAUCGGGAAUAAGACCCGUAGAUUCUAUACAUAUGUGAGCAAUAGGGUUGCACAAAUCCAUGAAUUCUCUGAGCCUGAACAGUGGCAAUACAUUUCUACUGAAUAUAAUCCUGCAGAUUCAGCCACUAGGGCAUCUUCUGAGAAUAUCCAUACAGUGCUAGAGAAAUGGCAUAGUGGGCCGAAUUACCUUAUUGGAGAACAAAAAGAAAGAGAUGUGAAAGAGUUUCCUCUUCAGUGUCCUGAGGAAGAUUCAGAGGUUCGCCCAGAAGUUGUAGUAAAGGCGACAAAUGUAAAGAGUUCCAUGGAUCCAGUUGCUAAAGCCUGUGAGCGCUUCUCAUCUUGGAAGAAAUUGGUGUUAGCGUUUAGCUUGCUCAUUCAUAUUGCCAGGACGUUCUCAAAACGCAAUGACUGUAAGUGUUCUGGAUGGCAUGUGUGUGAGAAGAGAUCCUCUCCUGCUGUUCGAAUAGAUGCAGAGCAAUUUAUACUGUCUGAACUCCAGAAACGGCAUUAUGCUGAAGAAAUUUGUGCAUUGAAGGCCGGCAAGCCCAUUCCCAAGAAAAGCGCAAUAAUUUCCUUAUCCCCUUAUUUAGAUGAAAAUGGGAUACUCAGAGUCGGUGGCCGCCUUCGAAAGCUACGGAAAAGCCAGGGAAUUAAAGUUGUUAACCCUUUGAUCGUCCCAAAAGGUCAUGUAGCAACACUGUUAGUUCGACAUCAUCAUGAAAGGGUCCAACACCAGGGCCGACACCUCACGGAAGGGGCUGUCCGCAAUGCAGGUUUGUGGAUAAUCGGUGGCAAGCGUUUAAUUGGCAGUGUUUUACAUCACUGUGUAACUUGCCGAAAGCUUCGUGGAAAGACCGCUGAACAGAAAAUGGCCGAUUUGCCACAAGAUCGUCUUACUUCCUCACCGCCCUUCACACACGUUGGAGUGGAUGUGUUUGGCCCUUGGACCGUGGUGACAAGACGUACCAGAGGAGGUAGUGCAAAUUCAAAACGCUGGGCUGUGCUUUUCACAUGUUUGUAUAGUAGAGCUGUCCAUAUUGAGCUACUAGAGGAGAUGUCUACGUCCUGUUUCAUAAAUGCAAUGCGCAGAUUUAUUGCAAUUCGCGGAAAAGUGUCAGAAUUUCGGUCGGAUCGUGGCACAAACUUUAUAGGAGCAGCCUCCGAGCUUGGUAUGAAAACGGUCUGUGUAGAAGAUGACCAAUUUCAGACCUACUUACAAGACAAUGAAAUAAUUUGGCGUUUCAAUCCGCCUUAUGCCUCCCAUUUUGGUGGCGUUUGGGAAAGAAUGAUCGGGAUUGCUCGUCACAUUCUAGAUGCAAUGCUAAUAGACUUCAAACAAGAAAAACUUACUCAUGAAGUUUACUCAACCUUAAUGGCAGAGGUUACCGCUAUCAUGAACUCCAGGCCUCUUGUCCCAGUUUCUACAGAUGUUGAAGAACCAUUUGUCCUAUCACCGGGAAUGCUACUUACACAGAAAUCUCCCGAGAUAGUUUGCAGUUUCCGCGACAUAGGUGUGAAAGAUAUGUACCACUCUCAGUGGAAGACAGUGCAGUUUCUGGCAAAUAUUUUCUGGAAACGUUGGAAGGGUGAUUUUCUGUCAUCUCUACAGACGAGGAAGAAGUGGGCGUCGCCUUGUGAAAACAUCAAAGCUGAUGAUGUAGUUCUAUUACGCGAUCGAGAUUGUGCGCGCAAUGAAUGGCCUAUGGGUCUUGUGACAAAGGCAUUUCCUAGUGACGACGGACUUGUUAGAAAGCUGCAAAUCAGGGUUAUGAAGAAUGGAAAGCAAUGCCUUUAUGUGAGACCAAUUAAAGAAGUUGUUCUGCUUGUGUCGUCGUAG